CAGCCCCUGGUGUGGUUGAGAGACACUCUUUCUUCCAUUGAGAAACAUUUCUCCCUUUGAUACCCGUUUCAACCGUCCGACCUCCUCAGACCCCACUCGAUUCCUCCAGGACAAAAGGCAGAAAAUAUUCUCCCUCACCUCCGACUCUUCGCUUCCGACUCGCGCUUCCCUCCUCGAUUGAGCACUCCUCCCCAAGCAACCUCGAUAUUCGAGAUCCAAUUCGAGUCCCCACCACAUCUCCGAGACGCCUUUCCUCUGUUACUGAUUGUGGUGGCUGGUGUAUGAUCGGUUGUUCUGCAUCCUACUAUGCCUGUGGGCGGAAGAUAUCUGCCACAGUUUCCUCAGUCUCGUCGCGCCAAUGGGGAACGGUCAAGGCAAACCGGUGAACUUCUCAGGUGAAGUGAACCUCAAUCAUUUUCGACUCUUGCGAGUUGUGGGAAAGGGUGCCUUUGGGAAGGUUCGGAUUGUUGAGAGGAAGGAUACCGGGUUAACCUUCGCACUGAAGUAUAUCCGCAAAGAUGAAGUUGUUCGAUCUGAGAGUGUGCGGAACAUAAUACGGGAGAGAAGAAUGCUGCAGCAUUUAAAUCACCCAUUCAUUUGCAAUCUACGAUACAGCUUCCAGGAUAUCGAAUAUAUGUACCUCGUGGUGGAUUUGAUGAACGGCGGCGAUUUACGAUUUCACAUCUCGAGAAAGACCUUUACCGAAGAGGCGAUUCGAUUCUGGAUUGCGGAGCUGGGUUGUGCCCUGAGAUACAUACACAAGCAGGGGAUUAUACAUCGGGACGUUAAGCCUGAUAACGUUUUGUUGGAUUCCGAGGGCCAUAUCCAUUUGGCGGAUUUUAAUGUUGCGUCUGAUUUCACUCCCGGAAAACUGCUAACGAGCAAGUCUGGGACUCUUGCCUAUCUUGCCCCAGAAGUCUACAAGGGAAAGGGGUAUUCAUCGGGGGCGGAUUGGUGGUCUUUAGGCGUUUUAUUCUAUGAAUGCAUCUACAGUAAGCGUCCAUUCGAGGGAAGCACGCAGUCCAUGUUAUCCCUACAAAUCACCCAAGCCGCCCCAAAAUUUCCCGUCACCUCACCACCGGUCUCGAUGCCUUGUCUGCAUGCAAUCAGCUCGGCGCUUGAGGAGGAUGUAGAGAAGCGAAUGGGAGCGGUGAACUUCGAGAGCUUCUCAGAUAACCCUUUCUUCAGAUCGAUAGACUUUGAGGCAUUGGAGAGAAAGGAGAUCGAGCCAGUAUUUGUGCCAUCGAGUGAAAAGACAAAUUUCGACGCAACCUAUGAUCUCGAGGAGUUGCUUUUGGAGGAAGCGCCUCUGGAAGCUCGGGCACGGAGACAAAAACCAAGAGAGGCACUCAAGGAGGACGCAACAGAGAAAGAGGUACGGGAGGAUGAGUUAUAUAAGAUGAUCGAGACAUUGUUCCUGCCAUUCGAUUACACAACUGCAGCGUACGAUAGAUAUUCCGAGGCUUCAGGUCCAGGUACUUCGGGUAACCCCGCGGAUUGGACACAACCUCCACCAAUCCACCCCACCACUUCUACCGAAGAGACUUUAACCAGGACUGUGAGUUCAAGAUCACACUCUAGGCGGAGAAGGAGCACUAAGUCUCAGCCUUCGACUCCAACUGGCUCCCCACGAUUGCCAACAGACACCCCGCCACUUCCAAAUGGGCAACCCACAUCUCAAUCACCAACCUCGAGCCCCCAGUCAACAGAGACCCGUAGACCUCGCCAGCUCUCCAAAGUCCAGAAUCCACUUCCGCCUUAUCAUCAGCCAUACAACCGCCCAACGCCAGCUGGGACCUCACGGAAAGAAUCUGUGGCGGGUGGUGUAUCAGUCGUGCUGGGUGCAGAGGGCAGCUGGUCCGAUUUGGCCAAACAAGAUGCUACUCUCCCAGCCGAUGCUAAGUUGAUCGCGGCUACUGCGAAACCUACCGGGAUGCUGGGAUUCUUGAACAGGAAGAAAGGAAGGGGUCAUAGCCCAAAACCACAAGAGCGUGGGAUUCUAGGCAAGGAGGGCGCCAGAGUCAUCAUCAGUAGCGGCUCAUGAAGAAUGUCAGUCAUGAGGUUCACGAGAGAGGACUAGAUCCAAGCAUGUUUGGGAUUAACGGUAGCAUGGGGGCAUGGAUCGGAUGAGAUAGACACGGAUCCUUUGGCGAGAUAAUAUCAUGUGUACAUUGUGCUACGACAAAGGGGGUUCCCCUUUUCUUCUUCUGCUUCUCCUAUC